AUGGGUGCUAGGAGCUGGAGCUGGGCUCUGGCCUGGGCUUUUGCAAUGCUGCUCAUGGUGUGGCCGGCAGAGAGCCAGGGCCAAGUGGAGCUGAGCUCUGGCAACACAGAGCACAUCGUGGACCAACAGAGGGUGGAUGGUGCCCCUGCAUCCUCAUCCAGACAACGUGUCACCUUUAUUUCGCCGGGUGCCGUCUUCCCCAGUAUGAGCUCCCAGAAUCCAGCACACAACGGGCGGGUGUGCAGCACAUGGGGCGACUUCCACUAUAAGACCUUCGACGGCGCCGUCUUCCACUUCCCUGGCCUCUGCAACUACGUGUUCAGCGCGCACUGCGGCGCCGCCUAUGAGGACUUCAACAUCCAGCUGCGCCGUGGCCUUGCGGGUUCCAGGCCUGUGGUCACCCACGUGGUCCUCAAGGCCCAAGGGCUGGUGCUGGAACUGUCCAACGGCUCCAUUUGGGUGGACGGACAGAGGGAGGAGCUGCCGUACAGCCGUGCUGGCCUCCUGAUGGAGCAGAGCAGCGGCUAUGUGAAGGUCAGCAUCCGCCUGGUCCUCACCUUCUUGUGGAACGGAGAAGACAGUGCCCUGCUGGAGCUUGACCCCAAGUAUGCCAACCAGACCUGUGGGUUGUGUGGGGACUUCAAUGGACUCCCAUACAUCAAUGAGUUCUAUGCGCACAACACCAGGCUGACUGCUGUUCAGUUUGGAAACCUACAGAAGCUAGAUGGUCCCACAGAGCAGUGCCAGGAUCCUCUGCCCUCACCCGCCGACAACUGCACAGAUGGGGACCAUAUCUGCCGCCACACCCUGCUUGGGCCUGCCUUCGCCGAGUGCAACACGCUUGUUGAUGUCAACGCAUACGUGGCUGCCUGCGUUCAGGACCUGUGUCGCUGCCCCACAUGCCCGUGUGCCACCUUUGCCGAGUAUUCCCGCCAGUGCGCUCAUGCAGGGGGCCAGCCAGAGAACUGGAGGGGCCCUGACCUCUGCCCCUGGAAGUGUCCCCUCAACCUGCAGCAGCAGGAGUGUGGUACGCCCUGUGCAGACACCUGCUCCAACCCUCAGCGUUCCCAGCUCUGUGAAGACCACUGCAUGGAUGGUUGCUUCUGCCCCCCAGGCACGGUUCUGGAUGAUGUCACACACACGGGCUGCCUGCCCCUAGACCAGUGUCCCUGCACCCAUGGUGGACGCACCUAUGCCCCCGGAGCUUCCUUCUCCACCAGCUGCAGAUCCUGCACCUGCUCUGGGGGACUGUGGCAGUGCCAGGAUCUGCCAUGCCCUGGCACCUGCUCUGUGCAAGGCGGCUCCCACAUCUUCACCUACGACGAGAAGCUCUAUGAGGUGCACGGAGACUGCAACUACAUCUUGUCCAAGAAAUGUGCUGACAAUGCCUUCACCGUGCUAGCUGAGCUGCGGAAGUGUGGCCUGACGGACACUGAGAACUGCCUCAAAACUGUGACCCUCAGCCUCAAUGGAGGAGAUACGACCAUCCAGGUCCAGGCUAACGGUGCUGUGUUCCUGAACUCCAUCUACACUCAGCUACCUCUGUCAGCAGCCAACGUCACCAUCUUCAGGCCCUCGUCCUUCUUCAUCCUGGUGCAGACGGGCAUCGGGCUGCAGCUGCAGGUACAGCUGGUGCCCCUCAUGCAGGUGUUCGUCAGGCUGGACUCUUCCCACCAUGGCCAGACAUGUGGCCUGUGUGGGAAUUUUAACCGGAACCAGGCAGAUGACUUCGCGGCCCUGAGUGGAGUGGUGGAGGGCACAGGCGCCGCCUUUGCCAACACUUGGAAGACCCAGGCCACUUGCCCCAAUGCCAAGAACACGUUUGAGGAUCCCUGCUCACUGAGCGUGGAGAAUGAGGACUAUGCGCAGCACUGGUGCUCACUGCUGAACAACCCCACGGGUGUCUUCUCUGCCUGCCACGCCACCGUCAGCCCUGCAGCCUACUACUCGAACUGCAUGUUCGACACGUGUAACUGUGAGAAGAGCGAGGACUGCAUGUGCGCCGCCCUGUCCUCCUACGUGCGUGCCUGUGCGGCCAGGGGCGUGCUUCUCCGAGGCUGGAGGGAUGGUGUCUGCUCCAAGUACAUGAACAACUGUCCCAGGUCCCAGAGCUAUGCCUACGUGGUGGACACCUGCCAGCCCACCUGCCGCUCCCUGAGUGAGGCUGACGUCACCUGUGGCAUCUCCUUUGUGCCUGUGGAUGGCUGUACCUGCCCACCUGGCACCUUCCUCAAUGACGUGGGCUUGUGUGUGCCUCCCGAGGAGUGUCCCUGCUACUUCCGUGGCACUGUGGUGGCUCCUGGGGAGGUUGUCCAAGACGAUGGCAUGGUGUGCUCAUGCACGAGCGGGGAGCUGAGCUGCCUGGGAUCCAUGCUGAAGAGAAGCAUAGGCUGUGCCGCGCCCAUGGUGUACCUGGACUGCAACAACGCCUCGGCCGGCGACCCUGGAGCGGAGUGCCUCAGAAGCUGCUACACGCUCGACGUGGACUGUUUCAGCACACACUGUGUCUCGGGUUGCGUGUGUCCCCCAGGACUGGUGGCAGAUGGGAACGGGGGCUGUGUUGCUGAGGAAGACUGCCCCUGUGUGCACAACGAGGCCACCUACACACCUGGGGAGACCAUCCGGGUGGACUGUAACACCUGCACGUGCCGGAACCGCCGGUGGGAAUGCACCAACAAGGCCUGCCUGGGUACCUGUGUGGCUUACGGAGACGGCCACUUCAUCACUUUCGACGGAGAGCGCUACAGCUUUGAAGGCAGCUGCGAGUACACUCUAGCUCAGGACUACUGUGGAGGCAAUGCCAGCACCAAUGGGACCUUCCGCAUUGUCACAGAGAAUGUGCCCUGUGGGACCACGGGGACCACCUGCUCCAAGGCCAUCAAGCUCUUUGUGGAGAGCUACGAGCUGAUCCUCCAGGAAGGGAGUUUCAAGGUGGUGGAGAGAGGGCCGCAUGGGGACCUCCCCUACAAGGUCCGCUACAUGGGUAUCUUCCUGGUCAUCGAGACUCGCAGUGGGAUGGUCGUGUCCUGGGACCGGAAGACCAGCGUGUUCAUCCGGUUACAACAGCAUUACAAGGGCAGGGUCUGUGGCCUGUGUGGGAACUUCGAUGACAGCGCCGUCAAUGACUUCACCACGCGGAGCAACUCAGUGGUGGGUGACGCGCUGGAGUUUGGAAACAGCUGGAAGUUCUCACCGACCUGCCCCGAUGCCGCGCUGCCCAAGGAUCCCUGCACCGCCAACCCGCACCGCAAGUCCUGGGCCCAGAAACAGUGCAGCCUCAUCAACAGUGCGACCUUCGCCGCCUGCCGCUCUCAGGUCGACUCCACCAAAUACUAUGAGGCCUGUGUUAGCGACGCGUGCGCCUGCGACUCGGGGGGCGACUGCGAGUGUUUCUGCACAGCCGUGGCCGCCUAUGCCCAGGCCUGCCGCGAUGCGGGCGUGUGCGUGUCCUGGAGGACGCCAGACAUCUGCCCUCUGUUCUGUGACUACUACAACCACCAAGGGGAGUGCGAGUGGCACUACCAGCCCUGCGGAGCCCCCUGCCUGAAGACUUGCCGCAACCCCAGCGGGCGCUGCCUGGUUGACCUGCCCGGCCUGGAAGGCUGCUAUCCAAAAUGCCCACCCAGCCAGCCCUUCUUCAAUGAGGAUCAGAUGAAUUGUGUGGCCCAGUGUGGCUGCUAUGAUGACGAUGGAAACUACCAUGACAUUGGCACACAGGUUCCCACGACUGAGAACUGCCAGAGCUGUCACUGCACCUCUGAUGGCCUCAAGUGUACUCACAACCUGACAGCCUGUAUGUGCACCUAUGAGGGCCACACAUACCGCUACAAGGACGUCAUCUACAAUACCACCGAUGGCCUUGGUGCCUGCUUAACGGCCGUCUGUGGAGACGAUGGAACUCUAAUACGGAAGACUGAGGAAUGUCCCGAAGUCCUGUCCACAACACCAUUCACCUUUACCACAACCCCAGCCCCCUCUACGACAGGCAAGUCUACAUCGGGCUCGCCGCCCACUGUCUCCACCGUGUGUGUUCGUGAGGUCUGUCACUGGUCUACUUGGUAUGAUGGAAGCCAUCCUGAGCCAGGUCUAGAAGGUGGGGACUUCGAAAUAUUUGAGAGGCUGAGACAUAGGGGGUACCCAGUGUGCCAGGACCCUGUCGCCAUCGAGUGCCGUGCGACGCAGUUCCCCAGCAUGCCCUUGCAGGAGCUGGGUCAGAAGGUGGGCUGUGACCUAUCCUGGGGGCUCAUGUGCCUCAACAGCGAGCAGAACCCCCCACUGUGUCACAACUAUGAGAUCCGGGUUCUGUGCUGUGACCACAUACCCUGCAGUCCUUCCUUGUCCACAAGCACUGCCCACUCCCAGCCUAGGACCACUGCAGAGUCCUCCCUGCCAACCAUCACCACCAGGACAGCACACCCUGGAUCUCCGUCCAGCUCCACUUGGACCACAGCAAUGAAAGAGACCACCCUGCACAGGAUACUAACCUCCCAGCCAAACACCACAUUGAGCUCACAGACCGGGUCCACCUCACCACUCAUGACGGUCACCCACUCAGUUAGCAGCUCCCCAACCCUGGGCCCAACUACCUGCCAGCCUCGAUGUCAGUGGACGAAGUGGUUUGAUAAGGACUACCCCAAAUCUAGGAGGACUGGAGGGGACAUUGAGACAUACGAUAAGAUCAGGGCUGCUGGGGAAGACUUCUGUGAGCAGCCGCAGGACAUACAAUGUGAAGCCCAGAACUUUGCUGGCUGGUCCCUGGACAGGCUGCGGCAGCGAGUGUACUGCGAUGUCCGCUUUGGCCUGGUGUGCCACAACAAAGACCAGUCAGGCUUGUUUCCCAUGUGCUACAACUACAAGAUCCGUGUGCUGUGUUGCAGUGACAGCCACUGCCAGGGACCUACCACCACCGUGCUGCCAACCACGACAAGAAUGACGUCCACCAUGACUACCCAGACUCUGACCCUGCCAAAAACCCUGAGGUCCUCCACACCAGUCAUAAUGACCACACAGACAUCCCCGGUAGGCAGCACGAUAGGAACACCCACCGUCACAGGAGGCACCAUCUCCCCAAUGCUCCCGACCAUGAGCCUGGUGCCAGCAACAGGCACAAGCCAGCCAGCAACUUCCCAUGCUCAGACCAGCACCCCAAAGACACAGAUGCCAUCAGGCAGCACAAGUGAGGCCGCCACCACUAAGGGCACCGCCCACUGCCAACCCAAGUGUAAGUGGACAGAAUGGUUCGAUGUGGACUUCCCAACCUCGGGGGUGGCUGACGGGGACAUAGAGACCUACGAGAACAUCAGGGCUGCUGGAGGCAAGCUGUGCCAGGCGCCAGAGAAGAUUGAGUGCCGGAUAGAGAAAUACCCUGAGGUGAGCAUUGACCAGAUCAACCAAGUGGUGACCUGUAGCCUGGACGUAGGUCUGAUCUGCAGGAAUGAGGACCAGACGGGCGAUUUCACCAUGUGCUUUAACUAUAAUGUGCGUGUGCUCUGUUGUGAUGACUAUAGCCAUUGUUCCAGCACAACCACUGCCCUGCCCCCCUCAAUGACCUCCCAGCAGCACACCACUCCUGGGUCCCCUAGCACCAUCCCAGUGCCAACCGCCGUGUCCACCAGUAGCUCCCACACACCUUGGGCCAUAUCCAGCAUGUCCACCAGCACCAGCGCCAUGGAACCAGCCAGCUCCUCUGGGAACACCACAGGCCUCGCCACUACUGCCCCCACAACCCCUCUCCAAGAGACUCACACCUCAUCUAUGCUGACCAGCAGUCCCCCACUGGCCCCCACAACCUCAGAGACAACUUCCACGAAGUGCAAAGUGAAAUGCACAUGGACAGACUGGCUAGACAGUGACCAGCCUCAACCAGGCCGGUAUGAUGGAGACAUAGAGACCUACUACCACAUUGUAGAAACAGGAGGCCAGCUGUGUAUGGAGCCAAUGGACAUUGAAUGUAGGGCUGUUCUCUUUCCCAAUGUGCCUUUGGAGCAGCUGGGCCAGGUGGUGCAGUGUAAUGUGGACUAUGGGCUCAUCUGCAGGAAUAGCAAGCAGGCACACAACCAGACCUGCCUCAACUACCAUAUCCGUGUGCUCUGCUCACACCUGGGAUCCCAGUGGAAUCCCUCACUACUGCCUCCACACCAGCACCCGGAUCCCCCAGCACAUCGGGACCCCUCACCACCGCCUCCACACCAGCACCCGGAUCCCCCAGCACAUCGGGACCCCUCACCACCGCCUCCACACCAGCACCCGGAUCCCCCAGCACAUCGGGACCCCUCACCACCGCCUCCACACCAGCACCCGGAUCCCCCAGCACAUCAGGACCCCUCACCACCGCCUCCACACCAGCACCCGGAUCCCCCAGCACAUCUGGACCCCUCACCACUGCCUCCACAGCAGCACCCGGAUCCCCUGGCACAUCGGGACCCCUCACCACCGCCUCCACACCAGAACCCGGAUCCCCCAGCACAUCGGGACCCCUCACCACCGCCUCCACACCAGCACCCGGAUCCCCCAGCACAUCGGGACCCCUCACCACUGCCUCCACACCAGCACCCGGAUCCCCCAGCACAUCGGGACCCCUCACCACCAGCCUCUACACCAGCACCCGGAACCCCCAGCACAUCAGGACCCCUCACCACUGCCUCCACACCAGCACCCGGAUCCCCCAGCACAUCGGGACCCCUCACCACUGCCUCCAAACCAGCACCUGGAUCCCCCAGCACAUCAGGACCUCUCACCACUGCCUCCACUCCAGCACCCGGAUCCCCCAGCACAUCGGGACCCCUCACCACUGCCUCCACACCAGAACCGGGAUACCCCACACAUCGGGACCCCUCACCACCGCCUCCACACCAGCACCCGGAUCCCCCAGCACAUCAGGACCCCUCACCACUGCCUCCACACCAGCACCUGGAUCCCCCAGCACAUCGGGACCUCUCACCACUGCCUCCACACCAGCACCAGGAUCCCCCAGCACAUCUGGACCCCUCACCACUGCCUCCACACCAGCACCCGGAUCCCCCAGCCCAUCGGGACCCCUCACCACCGCCUCCACACCAGCACCCGGAUCCCCCAGCACAUCUGGACCCCUCACCACUGCCUCCACAGCAGCACCCGGAUCCCCCAGCACAUCGGGACCCCUCACCACCACCUCUACACCAGCACCCGGAACCCCCAGCACAUCGGGACCCCUCACCACCACCUCCACACCAGCACCCGGAUCCCCCAGCACAUCAGGACCCCUCACCACUGCCUCCACACCAGCACCCGGAUCCCCCAGCACAUCAGGACCCCUCACCACUGCCUCCACACCAGCACCUGGAUCCCCCAGCACAUCAGGACCCCUCACCACUGCCUCCACACCAGCACCUGGAUCCCCCAGCACAUCGGGACCUCUCACCACUGCCUCCACACCAGCACCCGGAUCCCCCAGCACAUCUGGACCCCUCACCACUGCCUCCACACGAGCACCUGGAUCCCCCAGCACAUCAGGACCCCUCACCACCGCCUCCACACCAGCACCCGGAUCCCCCAGCACAUCGGGACCCCUCACCACUGCCUCCACACGAGCACCUGGAUCCCCCAGCACAUCAGGACCCCUCACCACCGCCUCCACACCAGCACCCGGAUCCCCCAGCACAUCGGGACCCCUCACCACUGCCUCCACACCAGCACCUGGAUCCCCCAGCACAUCAGGACCCCUCACCACUGCCUCCACACCAGCACCCGGAUCCCCCAGCACAUCGGGACCCCUCACCACUGCCUCCACACCAGAACCCGGAUCCCCCGGCACAUCUGGACCCCUCACCACUGCCUCCACACCAGCACCCGGAUCCCCCAGCACAUCGGGACCCCUCACCACCGCCUCCACACCAGCACCCGGAUCCCCCAGCACAUCGGGACCCCUCACCACUGCCUCCACACCAGCACCUGGAUCCCCCAGCACAUCAGGACCCCUCACCACUGCCUCCACACCAGAACCCGGAUCCCCCGGCACAUCGGGACCCCUCACCACUGCCUCCACACCAGCACCCGGAUCCCCCAGCACAUCGGGACCCCUCACCACUGCCUCCACACCAGAACCCGGAUCCCCCAGCACAUCGGGACCCCUCACCACCACCUCUACACCAGCACCCGGAUCCCCCAGCACAUCUGGACCCCUCACCACUGCCUCCACACCAGCACCCGGAUCCCCCAGCACAUCGGGACCCCUCACCACCACCUCUACACCAGCACCCGGAUCCCCCAGCACAUCUGGACCCCUCACCACCGCCUCCACACCAGCACCCGGAUCCCCCAGCACAUCGGGACCCCUCACCACUGCCUCCACACCAGCACCCGGAUCCCCCAGCACAUCGGGACCCCUCACCACUGCCUCCACACCAGCACCCGGAUCCCCCAGCACAUCUGGACCCCUCACUACUACGUUCUCACCAGCACCCCAAUCCUCUAUUCCAUCCUCUGUUGCCUCCACAGCCACUAGUCCAUGGACCUCAGGGUGCCUCCACAGAGUCCACAACCUCAGCACCCUCAGCCACAGCCACAGCCACAAGCACAACCCUGGCUCGCAGCUCACCCCCCUUGCAGACCACGGCUGGAUCCAGCGCUGCUCCACACACCGCCCCCAGCACCCCAGAGAUGACUUCCCCAGGCUGCAAGCCUCAGUGUUCUUGGACAGACUGGUUGGACUACAGCUCUCCCAUCCCUGGGGACUCUGGCGGCGAGUUUGAGACCUACACCAACAUCCGGGCAGCUGGAGUGGCCAUCUGUGAGCAGCCCCUGGAGCUGGAAUGUCGGGCUGAGUCCCGACCCAGCGUCCCUCUGCAGGAGCUGGGCCAGGUGGUGAAUUGCAGCCUGGAGUUUGGUCUGAUAUGCAGGAACCAGGACCAGGCUGGGCCCUUCAAGAUAUGCCUCAACUACCAUAUCCGGGUUUUCUGCUGUGAUGACUACAGCCACUGCCCAAGUACCCCACCCAGCACCGCAAUGUCCACCCGAUCCUGGCCCACUCACAGCCCCCUGGCCUCCAGUACAACCUUGGGGUCCUCCAGCACUAAGCAGGCUUUGCAAACAAGUCUUCCCUUCAGUUCCUCAAUGGCAGGCACCUCAGCUGUCCCAUGGACCACACCUCCUGGCUCCAGCUGUGCGCCGCGGUGCACGUGGACAGACUGGUUUGAUGAGGACUAUCCCACCCCCGGCCCCAGUGGUGGGGACUUUGAGACCUAUUCAGUUCUCCGCGCAGCCGGCCUCGUGUUCUGCGAGCACCCCCGGGACAUACAGUGCCGCUCUGAGAGACAGCCAGACAAACCCCUGGAGGCCUUGGAGCAGGUGGUCCAGUGUGAUGUGCGUGUGGGGCUCAUUUGCAGAAACGUCAACCAACCUGGGCGCUUGCAGUACUGCCACAACUUCCACGUGCGCCUGCUGUGCUGUGACGAUUCCAGCCAUUGCGCCACCUCACCUGUGGCCACCGGCUCCACCGUGUCACCCUCCUCGGCCCCAGAGUCCAGGCACACCUCCCCAGCUUUGACCCCCACAGCCGCAAGCUUCGUCGGGUUCUCCUCUGGCAGACCAGAGAGCCCCAGCACCUCUGCGGUCCCCUCCAGCAGCCAGCUGACCUUCAGUGAGUCCACCGUCUCCCCACGCCUCAGCACCCCCGGAUCCAUCAUGAUGUCCAGCCCUACCUCUUCCCCAGAACCCUGCUUCUGCCGAGUACUUGGACAACUCUUCUCACCUGGGGACAUAAUCUACAAUAAGACCGACAAAGCCGGCUGCCACUUCUACGCCAUGUGCAACCAGCACUGUGACAUCGACCGCUUCCAGGGUGCCUGCCCCACCUCCUUGCCUCCCAUGUCCUCCACCCCUACGCCUCCAUCCCCUCCAUCCCCUGGCUGUGAUAACGCCAUCCCUCCCAGAAAGGUGAACGAGUCCUGGAUCCUGGAAAAUUGCACAGUGGCCAGGUGUGAUGGUGAUAACCGUGUCAUCCUCCUGGAGCCAGAGCCUGUGGACACAAUCACCUGUGUGAACGAGCACUUGCCUAUCAAAGUGUGGGACCAGAGCCAGCCCUGCCGUUUCCACUACGAAUGCGAGUGCUUCUGCAGCGGGUGGGGGCAUUCGCACUAUCUGACAUUCGACGGCACCUCCUAUACCUUCUGGGAAAACUGCACCUCAGUGCUCAUGAGAGAGAUCCGCCCUAGCCGUGGCAACCUGAGCAUCCUCAUGCACAGCCAAUACUGUGUGGCCAACACCUCCCACUGUCCCCGCGCCCUCAGUGUGCGCUACAACUCCAUGGAGAUCGUCCUCACCACAACCAACAGCAGUGGGGAAGAGGAGAGCCUGAUCCUACUGGACCAGAUACGGAUGAACUGGAGCUUCAGCAAAAACGGCGUGAGUGUGUCUGUGACCGGGGCCACCAUGAUGGGUGUCCACAUUCCUGCCGUGGGCGCCAGCAUCACCUUCGAUGGGCACGUAUUCCAGAUUCGGCUGUCUUACGGCCUCUUCAAGUACAACACGGAGGGCCAGUGUGGCACCUGCACCAACAGCCAGAUUGACGACUGCCGCCGGCCAGAUGGCACCAUGGCUCCCACCUGCCGGGACAUGGCCCAGUCCUGGCAGGUGCCUGAGAACAGCACAGAUGGCUGUUCAGCCUCUCCCAGCCCGGCCCCAAGCACCAGUCCCCUGCCGUCAGUGGCCACCACGCCUACUUCUGCUCCGUGCCCCUCCAUGCCACUCUGUGAGCUGAUGUUAAGCCCGGUCUUCGCGGAGUGUCACAGCCUGAUCCCACCAAGCGUCUUCGUCAAGACCUGCCUCAGUGACCACUGCCAGAGCAACUCCACCGAGAUGCCGUGCCAGAGCCUGGAGGUCUAUGCGGGGCUCUGCCGGGCCCGGGGCGUGUGCGCAGACUGGCGUGUCGCCACCGGAGGGCUAUGCAACUUCUCCUGUCCGCCCACCAAGGUGUACAGGUCUUGCGGUCCCGUGCAACCUGAGUUCUGUGACUUCAGGCCCCAGGGUCCUGUGACUGGGAUGCAGGCCGAAGGCUGCUUCUGCCCCCAGGGUCAUCUCCCCUUCAACUCACACGUGGACAUCUGCGUGUCAGAGUGCCCCUGCGUAGGACCAGACGGGUUUCCCAAGUUUCCUGGAGAGCGGUGGGUCAGCAACUGCCAGGCCUGCGUGUGCGACGCGAGCUCCGUGUCGGUGCAGUGUGAACCGGUGCAGUGCCAGGCCCAGGACGGGUCCCCGCAGUGCACGCAGGCUGGCUAUGUGAAUGUGACCAGGCCCCAGGCUGACAACCCAUGCUGCCCUGAGACACUGUGUGUCUGCAACACCACCACCUGCCCCCAGAGCCCUCCUGAGUGUGGGCCAGGACAAGAAGUGGUCCAGACCCAGGAGGAGGGAGAGUGCUGCCCGACCUUCAGCUGCCGACCCAAGUUAUGCACUUACAACAGUACCUUCUAUGGGGUUGGCGCAACCUUCCACUCAGUCACUCCCUGCCACACGUGUACCUGCGUCUUGCUGGACACCCAGGACCCAGCAGUGCAGUGUGAGGAGGAUGUGUGCCGCACUACCUGCCCCCCGGGCUUUGAAUACGUACCAGUGGCCGGGCAGUGCUGUGGAGAAUGUGUGCAGAAUGCCUGCCUCACGCCAGAUGGGAGGCCAGUGCAGCCCAACACAACCUGGGUGAAUAGCCGUGUGGACAACUGCACCAAGUAUCGCUGCGAGGCUGAGGGAGGGAUCUACGUGCUGACGCCGAACCCCACACCUUGCCCUGAUAUUUCCAGCUGUCUGGGGACCGUAAAGAGAACUGGCUGCUGCUAUACCUGUGAGGAAAUGGACUUCUGUCAAGUGCGCACCAACAUGACCAUUCUGAAGCACCAGGGCUGUGCAACCAAGGCGGCAGUCAAUGUCACCUUCUGCGAGGGUUCCUGCCCUGGGGUGUCCAGGUACUCCAUGGAGACCCAAUCCAUGCAUCACCAAUGCACCUGCUGCCAGGAGAGCAGGGUCCACAUAGUGACUGUGACCAUGCAAUGUCCUGAUGGCACAUCCAUCCCAUACACCUACACCGAGGUGGAGGAGUGCAGCUGCACUCUGUCCUGCAAACCCCUGCCCAUGGCAUCCGGGAACACUCUUGCCUAG